CCUGUUUGACAGGUAGGGUGUAUGUGAGAACAGCCUGUCCCACCCAUAGGCAGAGCGACCGGAUAAAAGGAGGUGGCCAGCAGCAGACAAGCACACAGUGGGACUUUGACUCUCCCUUGUGAGUGACCUCCUCCUCCACUCCACUCCUCUCCUCUCUCGAUCAGCGCUCUACCUUGCUCCACUUUCUUCACAAACCUGACUAAAACACAGAAGACAACAUGAGCAUCAGAACAGUGAAGAAGUCCUACUCCAGCCAGUCAGCUUAUGGCGUUCCCGGGAGCUCCAGCCGAAUGAGCACAGUAACCAGCUCUCGCCGUUCCGGUGUGGGCUCCGGCUUUGGCCAGGGUGGCGGCGGCGGCGGCGGCUACAGCUUCAGCAGCAGCAGCAGCAGCAUGGGUGGAGGUUUUGGAGGAGGAUUUGGCGGAGGAUAUGGUGGAGGCUUCGGUGGUGGAAUGGGUGGUGGAAUGGGUGGUGGAAUGGGCAUGGGUGGCGGAAUGGGCAUGGGUGGUGGAAUGGGCAUGGGUGGCGGUGGUGGCUUCAUCCCACCACCGAUCACUGCCGUGACAGUGAACCAAAGCCUCCUGGCCCCACUUAACCUGGAGAUUGACCCCACCAUCCAGGCUGUGCGCACCCAAGAGAAAGAGCAGAUCAAGACCCUCAACAACCGCUUUGCAUCCUUCAUCGAUAAGGUACGCUUCCUGGAGCAGCAAAACAAAAUGCUGGAGACCAAGUGGAGUCUGCUACAGGAGCAGACCACCACCCGGUCCAACAUCGACGCCAUGUUCGAGGCUUACAUCGCCAACCUGCGCAGACAGCUGGACGGCCUGGGCAACGAGAAGGUUAAGCUGGAGGGAGAGCUCAAGAACAUGCAGAAUCUGGUUGAGGACUUUAAGAAGAAGUAUGAAGAUGAGAUCAACAAGCGUGCUGCAGCUGAGAACGAGUUUGUCCUCCUUAAGAAGGAUGUUGAUGCUGCCUACAUGAACAAGAUUGAGCUUGAGGCUAAGGUUGAUGCCCUUCAGGAUGAGAUUAACUUCCUCAGGGCAGUCUACGAGGCUGAGCUGAAUGAGCUGCAAAGCCAGAUCAAGGACACAUCCGUCAUUGUGGAGAUGGACAACAGCAGGAACCUGGACAUGGACGCCAUUGUGGCUGAAGUGCGUGCUCAGUAUGAGGACAUUGCCAGCCGCAGCCGUGCUGAGGCAGAGAGCUGGUACAAACAGAAGUUCGAGGAAAUACAGACUUCAGCUGGUAGGGCCGGUGACGAUGUGCGCUCAACCAAGGCUGAAAUUGCUGAGCUCAGCAGAAUGAUUGCCCGUCUGCAGAAUGAGAUCGAGUCCGUCAAGGGACAGCGUCUAAACCUCGAGGCCCAGAUUGCCGACGCAGAGGAGCGCGGUGAGCAGGCAGUGAGGGAUGCUAAGCUGCGCAUCAAGGAACUGGAGGAGGCCCUUCAGAAGGCCAAGCAGAACAUGGCCAAACAGGUGCGUGAGUACCAGGAGCUGAUGAACGUCAAGCUGGCUCUGGAUAUUGAGAUCGCCACCUACAGGAAACUCCUGGAAGGAGAGGAGAGCAGAAUUUCUUCUGGUGGAGCCCAAGCCACGAUCCAUGUGCAGCAGAGCACUAGCUCUAGCGGUGGUGGUGGUGGUGGUGGUGGUGGAUUUGGCUACGGAGGCGGAUCAUCAGGUGGAUUCGGAAUGGGUGGUGGCUCUGGAUAUGGAAUGGGCGGUGGCUCUGGAUUCGGUGGUGGCUCUGGAUUCGGUGGUGGCUCUGGAUUCAGUGGUGGAUCAAGCAUGUCCAGAUCCUCCAGGUCAACCGUCAGCUCCAAACGCUUUUAAGCAAAAGCAGCCCAACUCCAUCUUCUGCCUACCUGCACCUACGCCGACACCUAUUCAUCUCAGAUCAUCAAUGGUGCUAAACUACUAACCUGCAGCCCCCUUUUAGAAUUAGCCAACCAUGACAGGCUUAGUGUUUUUAAAUACUGGCAUGUUUGUUUUUGUUCCACUGGAUAAUGUUUCAGGGUUUUUUAUAACUUUCUAGCCAUCAUUCUCCUGACCACUGCCUUUUAUAUGCAGGUUAUGUCAAUGCCCUCUUAAUUGUUCUUAAAUGUAAACAAGAAAAUAAAACCUUAAAUUUGAAAGGACUGUAAAAUGCUUCAUCCCAACCUUUUUUGGUUUGUUUUGCUUUCUGCACUGACAUGUUAGGGUACAGAAAAACUAGUUAAACACUGAAGUCCACCAUAAGAACAUGACAGCAAGGGCCAUUGCAACACUAGAUAAGGGAUUUCUUUAAAUACAGGUCCAAAACAGCCCAUCUGGGUAAAAUUUUUGAGCUAACAGAGAUCUGCUUCCAUUAAAAAUUGCUCCACUUGUGUCAUUAAAAAAGUGUCUGACCUAAGUGUCUGACUUACUGAACUAAAGUCUGUUACAUUCAAUGUCAUCAUGGACCAGUGAUUACACUAUAAGCAGAUCUGCUCUGGUAAAAAGCACAUAACUAAUGGGCUACUGAGAAACACCCUGUCUAGACCAUGCAGUAUAACUUGCUGAUUUGGCAGCUGUGUGCCACCUAUAACACUCUAGCUCUAGAUGACCACUCCCCCUUAAAGCUUAAAUUGCCUUCAGAGCAAAAACAAGGGUCUUUGUCUCUUUCAGGCUGUGCCAGACCUGAUUUUCUUUCUAAUACAAAAAUGCAAGCAAAUGAUAGGACCAGAUUUAUUGUCAAUUGACUUUGUACCAUCUUAAAACCUCAAUGAUCUCAAUAAAUCUGAUAUCUUUA